AAGACCAAUCAUAGCGGCCUUUUACCACGUGAUCAGCUGUGUCCAAUGACACAGCAGAUCAGAAUGUAAAUACAGUUGCCGGUUAUCGGCAGCAUUUUCCUCACACUGUCAUAGCGUGAGAGGACAUCUGCACUGAUCAUCAGGGUACUGAUGAUCAGUGCCCAGCAGCGUCACCCAGCAGUUCCCAGCAGUGCCACCCAUCAGUUGCCAGCAGUACCACCCAUCAGUGCCCAGCAGUGCUGCCAGUUAGUGCUGUCAGUCAGUGCCACCUAUCAGUGCCCAUCAUUGCUGCAUAUCAGUGCAGCAUUAUCAGUGCCUCCUCAUCAAUGCCCACCAGUGCUGCCUCAUCAGUGCCACCUCAUCGGUGCAGCCUAUCCAUGCUACCUUAUCAGUGCCCAUCAGUGCAGCCUCAUC